AUGCCGAUCAACCGUUCUCCGCCGCCUCAGUCGACAACGUCUAAGACGUCUGCUGCAACAUUGCCUGUCUCAAACGAGCAGGCGCUAGCUACACCACUUAGUUCAUCUGAACCUAACUUAAGCAGUGAUACUCAUUCACCAGAAUCCUUGCCAAAUAUUACUUUUAGAAAUACCAACUUAACCCAUUUUAUGUCUGAGAUGCGGAAAAUGUUUCACGAAUUUAAGCAACAACAGGACGAGAAAUAUGAUAAAUUGUUUUCCGUUGUAAAUGACAUACGUGAUUCCUUGGAAUUCCUAUCUAAACAACAUGAGGAUCUGAAAUUAGAAGUAAAGGUUCUAGAAACGGAACGUGAAGGAAAUUUGAAAUAUAUAAAUGAACUUGAAAGAAAGCUUGACAGUAUGGAGCAAAGCGCACGAUCUACUUGUGUUGAGAUACGUAAUAUUCCAUGUUGUAAAUCUGAAACGAAGUCCUUACUGUUGAAUACUAUCAUAGAAACUGGUAAAUUACUGAACCUUACAAUUCAGCCGAGAGACGUCAAAGAUGUAUUUCGGAUAAAAGCAAAGGACCCAGCAGUCAAGCCAAUUAUAGUAGAUUUUACCUCAGUGUUGCUUAAGGAAGAUUUUCUGCAAAAAUUUCGUAACCAUAUUAAAAAUAACUUCAAACUGACAACUGAACACCUUAAAAUAAGUGGCCCUGCAAAUCGUAUCUAUAUAUCAGAAAAUUUGUCAGCCAAGAAUAAAAGACUCUUCUUCCUAGCUAGGGAUGCAGCUAAAACCAACCAGUUUGAAUUCUGCUGGGUCUCACAUGGGAGGAUUUUUGUUCGCGAAAGACCUGGUAGUCCCCACUUACAGGUGAAGAACGAGUCAGACUUAGCAAGGAUUACGAAAACAGCGUGA